UAUCUUCAGAUGACAUAGAGGCCUUCAGCUAUGGAGAGUCACUUGGGACUCUCUAUUCUCAGAAGCUGUAUGACAGUGUAGACAUGAAACAGAGACAGGGUUCCAGCCCCAGCUACAUGGACUCUCCCUCCUUCAGCCGUCAAGCCAUGUCUCCCAUCACGCCUUGCUCACCGCAGCACUAUGGACACCCCGUGCUGGCUGCAGGCUCUGAGAGUGGCAGGAGCUCGCCCUAUUACGGCUCGCUGGAGGGACGGCCUAGUUCUUCUACCACAAACCACGCCCCCAAGCAUUUCCAUGUACCAGCCUCAGGCGAACCCAACAUCUACCACAAACCUCCCAUCUAUAAGAGAACGGGUACAGUGGUUUAGCCCGCCUUAUCCUGGUCG